GGAAACAGUAAAUCUUCCUUGUGCUUACUCCACGGAGUUUUUCUAUUAAUCACCUUAACACACCGCCAAUGCCUUACGACACCACCAGCUGAAACCGCGAUUAUCCACCCCACCACCACGAUGGACCUCAGGCACAUCUCCAUUCUGCUGGUCCUAGCCACCCUCGGGGCCGCUAGCCCUGAAACGGUCUCGGUUAUACCCCACGACGCUCAUCCCGGCUACAGCGUCAAGAAAUUCAACGAACACUUCUCCUUAGUCAAUUCCAGCUUCAGUCAGUUCUUCACCAUGCUCCAGGACGGCUCCAUAAUGACAGUCAGCGACGUCAGUCCUUUGGUAGAUCGCCCGGUCGAUCUGUUCGUCAUGGAAAACGAUGGUAACACCACCAAACAGCAUCUUUUACAAUUGUACGUGCUGGACAGGCGAAAUAUGCUGAGUUUUAAGCAUGAUGACGAAGACAUCGUUGGUAGGGUUGCUGAAAAUCAACCUACAGGGACUAGAGUUGCGGGUCUGUCACUACUCCAAGCUUCUGCCUGUGUAAACAUUCCGGUCAUGUACAGUAUAAUAGCUGGAAACACUGGUCAGGCUUUCGAACUGAGAAACAGUGUGACUGGUGAUACUUCGCCUAACGUGACAGUUGACGAUUCCGGAGGGGUUUACGUAGUUACCGCUCAAGUUUUAGACAGGGAAGAAGUAAGUAGGUACGUGCUUACCAUCCAGGCCAGUGAUUGCAGUGGAAUCAACAAAGCCGUUACAAACAUUGUAAUAGAAGUUGAAGACGAGAACGAUAACAGUCCAGUGUUCUCGCAGAAAGUGUACACGUUUGUCGUGGGAGAUAAUUCUUUGGAAGGUGAUAACGUCACGAUGGCGUGGAAGAGGUUCUCUUCGAUAGGGAAAGUGGAAGCAACUGAUGCCGAUGGUGAUAAAGUAGCGUACAAAUUGGUUACACCUACUAGUUUUCUGGUGAUUGUGCCGCAAACUGGUGAUUUGCUCCUGGCACUUGAACCGAUAGAGGAAGUUGAAUUGGAGCUUGUCGUUGAGGCGCAUGAUUUGCGUAUUCCUAGUAGAACUUCACCGAGACCUGCUCAAGUUAUCUUUCAUUUUAAGCCGCCAGAGGAGUCGACUGCUUUUGAUCUACAAUCUCUCCAAGAAGAUGGUGAGAUUCUGCACAGAGAAAAACGUAGAGUGACGCGUGCUGUUCGACCAACAAAACGCAUUGAAUUCACCGAAACCGAUGGAGAAAUAGAGGGAAGAGUAGUUUUCCAAUUGGAGAAGGAAACGGACAAGGAAACCUUCAAAAUUCGCGAUGAAAACAGUUGGGUGAUCGUCGAACCCAAUGGUUCUGUGAAAGUGAGGAAGAAGUGGGACUAUGAAGAACUUGGACCUGAGAAGACCAUCGAUUUUUGGGUGACUAUUACCAACGCCGAGAAAGGAG